GAGGGAAGUGGUUCAACCUUCAUCAUUUCUGCUGCAGAACAAUAGAGCAUAGAACAGUACAGCCCAGGAACAGGCCCUUCAACCCACAAUGUCUGUGCUGAACACAUUGCCAAGUUCAACUAAUCUCCUCCAUUUUCAUGUGAUGCAUAAUUCUCCAUUCCCUGCCUAUCUCUGAGCCUACCAAAAAGCCACAAUUGGAUCUGCUUCCACCACCACGCCUGUCAGCACGUUCCAGGCAUUCACCACUCGCUGCUAAAAUACUUGACUUUAAAAUGUCUCACUCUAAUCUUAAAGCUAUGCCUUCUAAUCAACCUUGGGAAUUAGGUUCUCAUUGUCUUACCUAUUUACACUGCUCUUAAUUUUAUAUACUUCUCUCAAGUCUCCCCUCAACCUUAACCUUGGACCUACAUCCACUGCUCUACCCCAAUCAACCACCUUCAUAACCUCCUCAAAAAACUCAAAUCAAGUUUGUUAGACAUGACCUGCCACAGACAGUCAUAAUUACCCCCAUCUUUUCUAAAUGCAAGUAAAUCCUAACCCAAAACAUCCUCUCCAAUAGCUUCCCUGCCACUGAGGUUCACAGGCCUAGAAUUUCCUGGAUUAUCUCUACUUAGCUUCCUUAACAAAGGGACAACACGGCUGCUCUCCAGUCCUCUAGGACCUUGCUUAUGAUGAGACAAGAUACAAAGAUCUUCAUCAAUGUCAUCAGGCCUUGAGAUUUUAUCCAUCUUAAUUUUUUUCAAGAGACCCAACACCACCUCCUCCUUGAUCUCAAAUUACCCUAUCAUAUUAGUAUACCCCACACUGAUCUCACUAUCUUUCAUAUUCUUCGCCUUGGUGAAUACACAUGCAAAGUACUUGUUUAGUACUUUGCAUACAUCCUCUGAUUCCAGGCAUAAAUUCCCUCUUUUACCUUUAAGUGGUGUUAUCUUCUCCCCAGUUACCCUCUAGUUUAAACCAUAUGUAUAAAAAGCCUUGGGAUUUUCUUGAAUCUGACUUGCAAAUGACACCUCUUGGCUCGUUUUAGUCUUUCUUAUUCUGUGCUUGAGUACACUACUACUUGCUACAUAUUCCUCAAAUGCUCAGUCUGAUUUCAUCAUCCGAAACUUUACAUAAACUUCCUUUUUAUUAACAGAUUUACAACUUCUCUGGGCAUCCAAGGUUCCCUUACGUUGCUAUCGUUAUCCUUCCUCGUUAAUGGAAGAUGCCAGUCCUGAACUCUAAUCCGCUAGUCUUUAAAUGACUCGCAUGUGUCAGAUGUGGACUAACUUAAUAACAGCUGCUCGCAAUUUACUUUCUCUUGCUCCUGCCUAAUAAUGUUGUAAUGAGCCUUAUCCCAACGCAAUACUUUCCCUCAAGUUUACUCAGUGACUGAAUGUUAAGAAAGAGAAAUGCAUGUGUUUGUGCACAGUUAGGGGCAAACAAUCUCUAUUCUUUCACUGCAGUGCUUGAGAGAACUCUCACACUAAACAUCUGGAUUGCUGCCUUACAGUGCCAGAGACCUGGGCUUGAUCCUGACUACUGGUGUUGUCUGUCUGGAGUUUGUAUGUUCUCCCUGUGACCUGCGUGGGUUUUCUCCAGGCACUCCGGUUUCCUUCCACAUUCCAAAGACAUACAGGUUUGUAGGCUAAUUGGCUUCGUAACAAAAUGUAAAUUGUCCCUAGUGCAUGUAGGAUAGAGUUAGUGUGAAGGAAUUGCUGGACAGUGUGGGCCGAAGGGCCUGUUUCUGCGCUAUAUCUCUAAACUAAACUAAAGAAAGGUCCUUUACCAAUGCAUGCCCACUACAUCCCAACGGUCAAGAUGCAUGAUGAGACCUUGGAUAAUUUAUCUCUGGAAUUAUCUUUGAUCAUUUGAGGAGGUGUAAUUCAUAAGCCCAUGUUCUUGUAAAACCUCGGAGACAUAGACAGCAUAGUAGCAUGGAGGAAGCAACACAAACAUUUCUUCUGAAAAAUCUUCCCAAUCUACCAACAUAAAUGACUAAAACAAUAUCAGUGUGCUUUCCCAGGCCAACAGUCCUGGCCACAAUACUUUGAUCAUACUCAAUUAGCUCUGAUGCACAUACCAUAUCCUCAACAUGCCUGACAUCAGACACCUAAAACAAGUACUUUGAACACUGUCAUGAUAUUCCAGAAGAUUGAUAAAAUGCCUUCAAAGCAUCCACGGCAUCUAACAAUGUCACCUAUUUAAUGGAAACUCUAACUUAAGAGCAUUCAAAUUAGUUGAGAAGCAUUGGGUAAUGCCUCUCCCAUGGGAGCAAGUGAAGCCAAAUAGUGGAAGGACCACAUAGCAAUCCAAAAGAUCCACCCAGUAUUCGAAUCCAGCACCAUAGCCACUAUCUAUGCCAGGUUUUGCAAAGGGCUCAUUAAUCACUUCAAAACCCACAGAAGUAAGUGAUCCUUGACCCAAAAACUCUGCCUAAGAAGAAGUGUGAGAUAAUUCUACCCAUCAGUAAAGUCCUGAAUUAAUUUAAAAAGCUGUCCAGAUUGCAGUUCCUUCCACAUCCAGUUCACCAAAUAUUCCUAGGAAAUCUAAAUUACAAUUUGUCUUUGUGUACUAUAGGUGUGUCUGUUUGCUUGUUGAAUAACAUAUUGACAGGCACACCCUUCAUUAUGCAAAAUAGAAUUUUGGGUGUCUAAAAUUGAUUGUGAUUAAAUAAUAGACCUCACAUAGUGUACACCCACAAUAAAAACUCAACAUUCCAGAAAUGCUCAGCAGACCUAUCAGUACUUGUGUAAAGAUGAACAAAAUUACUGUUUAAGACUGGCAAUUGAAAAAAUAUCAGCAUUCAGAUCUUUCACAGAGUUCAUCGAUCUAAAAUGUUACCAUCGCUUCCCUCUCCAAAGCUGCUUUCUGACCUGCUGAGUACUGUAUUUACAGUAUUUCUAAAUUUGGUUCAUUUAAUGUUUUAUGCACAAACAAAUCUAAUACAUACACAUCUACAAACUGAAGGUAUCCACCAUUCUCAGCCUAUAAUUCCAGAAACAUAUCUCAUCUCUUACCGUUGACACAGAAACACAGGAUCUCUUCAGUCACAUAGAAUUUUGUUUUGAGCACAUUCAUCGUUAGUGUUUGGUUUUUAAUUAUUUAUUUUAGGUUAAUUUACUCUUUGAAUUCUUUUUUUUAAUUUGUCUAGGUCUUGAAAUUGUGAUAAUGUACCUUUUUAAGCGAUAUUGUUUGUUGACAUUAACGUAAUAAUUUUUUCCUACUUAAUUUUAAAUAUGACCAUUCAUUAUUUGUCAUUUGAUGCCAGUGAAAUGUCUGCAUUGUAAACAACGUGCCCAGCCACCACACCAAUUUCGUUUUUUGAAAUAAUAUUUUUAAUUAAACUUUUAUAUUCAAUUGCCCCCCAAUUUUAUUUAUCGUAAAAAUGAUUAGAAGAUUUCUUACGGUCUUUUGGAGGCCAAGAUGCUUCUGAGAUGAUUACAAAAAUAACACACAACGUUUGAAUCUACAGAUCGUCUUGAGUGCCUUAGGAUAUGUUGUUUCAAUUCAUAUGCUUUAAAUAUAGUCUUAAAACCGCGAACUUUUGUUUAAUUCCCCAUGUACAAUUUUAUGUAUGUUAUUUCCUGUUGGGUUCAGUAAGCGAUGUAUUUUAAAGGGAGACACCUACUGAUACGUGCAUUUGCUUCACUCGAUAAUCGGAGAACAUGAAGUGGAAUGUUCACCUCGUCUGACAGUUACAAUACUCCAGCAUUUCCUCCGUUAAUAUCAAUAGCAUAUCACUUCCUGCUUUUCGAUAUCAGAGGAAAAACAACUGUUGCACUUCCAUCCGGCAACUAUAACUGACUAUCGUUUUUUUUUACGAUGCCCGCACAACAGCCUGGCACCACGAAUCCCAGCCUCUUAACUGGGGAACCCCUCAGCGCACACCGAGCUGCGUUGCAUUCACGACGUGCAGACUUGCAGUACCGCCAACAUCCAUCCACCAUGGUCGGGGCAGCGGUGAGGCCACACUGCCAGCUCGGCGAGGAUCGCAGCAACCGUGUCACACAGCGCGGGAAGAUGGCGGAUUGCUCGCUCACGGACGAAGACUUCUCCUCAUUCGUCUUCAAUUACCUGACAGAAAACGCAGAGUCUCAGUAUGGUUCAGUGGCUGGUGAAGACCGUUUAUAUUCAGAUUUUCCAGAAAUUGACCUUUCCCAGCUGGAUGUGACUGAUCUUGAUUCAGUUAGCUGCCUUAGUGAACUUCAGUGGGACAAUGACCAAAUGGAAAUAAGUUCCAGCCAGUAUAGUACAGAUGAUUCUGAGCUUUUUGAAACUAUUGAAGAAGAAAAUGAGGCCUUGCUGGCUGCUCUUACUGAGACACUGGACGAUAUCCAAGUAGAUGAUGUGAGCUUGUCUGCGUUCAAGGAACUCGCAGAUGGAGUUGUGACUGAUUUGUUGGAAACUGCCUCUUUACCAACACCAGAUGGCAGUCCCCCCACCACAAAGGCUGAUGAACCGUCUCUAUUAAGGAAGCUGCUUCUGGCUCCACAAAACGCGCAGUUAAACUAUGAACGGCAAAAAGAGAGCAACGCGGUGCGCCAUGCAUCCACUAACCAAAGGUCAAAAUCACAUCGUUCUUCUUUCAAGGUGGACGGCCCACAGGGCACUAAGCCACACGGCAUCUGUCAACAUCAGCAUCGACCGCACACAGAAUUGCACAAGCACCUGACUUCAACUCUCCGCCCUCCCCUGUUUAAAACAGAUGAUUCCAAAAUCCCUAAAAAAGACCAAAGCAAUCCAGUGUGGACCUCACAGCAUCAUCAGUCACAUCACCAGCAAGGUGAGAGUGAGGACGAUGGUGAUGUUGAUGAUGAUUGUGUUAAUGAUGGUGCUAACAAAGAAUUGGAUUGCUUCAAUGAUGGGAAUAGGGAACACAAACAAGGACACCACAUUCUGCAACAUAGUGCUUCUCGCACUGCAACCAUUAAGUCUGAAGAUGUGGUUGCAUCAGCAAACAACAUUUGGACCAAAAGCUCUCAGUUUACCACAGAAGCUGAAUUGUGUUCAGUAGUUGAGCUUAUUAAAUAUAUGCACACCUAUUGUCUUCCGCCUAGGAAAUAUCCACUAGUCACAAAUCAGCAAGGUGAUGACAGCAAUGCUGGUAACAAAAAGCAAGCAAAUGACUGCUCAUUGCAGAGGUUGAUGCUCCCUAGUAUAGAAAAACGGAAGCUGUCAAAUUCUUUAAAGUUAAACAUCGGUUCUAGGCAAGGAAGGAACACUCCAGAUUUGUGCAAGAGGAAUGCAAGAAAACUUUCCAAAAGUUCCAUACUGAGGGAGCUGUUGGAAAAAAAUAUUGCAAUAGAUGUAAGCAAGCCUUACAGACUUCACAAUCCUUUAUAUCCUGUGCUUGUUUGCACUCACUUAUCAUCUGAUGUUAGCCAGAUUGCACUGCCGCAGUUGGCACCCAAGCAUGAAGGUGGUAUUGAAUCCAUCAACAGUACAUUGAAAAAUGAUAGAAAGAAAUGCUGCAAGAACAAGGCUGCUAAAAUGGGGCAUACAUCAAAGAAACAAGAAAAUACAUGCCUUGCAGUUCGGCGCUCGUUGAGAUUGAACCCUCAGGUUAGUGGGAUCCUGAGCAUUGAUUUAGAGUCAACUUCAGCUGGGAGUUUAACUAAAUUAGAUGUGGAGGGAACACCAAAGGAGUCUGGGACAGCAGAUGUGCAGAUGAGGGUUGAGGAGGAGAGGGGUGAACGAGCAGGAGAGAUUGAGGUAAAUUAUUCUGGACAGCAACUCUGUGGCAGUGGUACACAUAUUGUGCCAGAUGACCAGCGGUAUCUGCAAUCCAGUAACCGUGUGCAAUGGACUGAGGAGAACAACAGUGAAGAAAAUUUGUUUACUACUGACCUUCCUGCACUUUCCAUGGUUCCAUGUUCUAAUAUAGUUGAGGACUACCGAGCCUUCACUGCACAGGACUUCCCAUUAAAUGAAACCAAGAUGCAAGAAAACAAGACUAGCAGAAAGCUAGCUAAACCUACAAGUUUGUUACUUAGUCCAGAGUCUGAAAGUGAUUGCAAAGAAUCUCCGAUUGACAACAAACCAUUCGAACAAGCACUGAGUGUAGAACUGUGCGGGACUGCAGGACUUACACCUCCAACCACACCACCACACAAAGCAACGCGAGAUGAUCCUUUUAAGACAGCAAUAAAAAUUGAUUCAUCCGUUAACAACACCAUUAACCAAUUACCAAUAAAGAAUCACUGGAGUUCUUUAUCGAAAAGUCUUGUCAAUAAACACCCCGAGCAAACUGAGCUUUAUGCUUACCUUAGCAAGGCCACCGUUGCCCCAAUUCAGAUGGAAGGCAAGAAAGUUAAAAGGUCGUAUACCAGAUGCUUUGGUGAUCAUGACUAUUGUCAAUUGUACAAGUCGGAAACUGAAACCGAAAAAAAUGUUCUAAGACUUUAUGAACUUCCAAACUCCAGUAGUCAUCAGAAUGGAAAAGAAAAGUAUGAUGAUGAUUUACUUUGCAGUGAUAAGAAGCAGAAGAUGUCUCCCAUUCCAAAUACAGGACCGAAUGGUAAGAAAGUGGAGAUAAAUAAAAAGCUUCCAGAUCAAAGCAGCAAUAAAAAACCAAUGAGAGACCAAGAGAUAAGAGACAAAUUAUUCAAACACUUUGGCUACCCUGAAGAAGCCAUCACGGAUGAGGUGAAACAAAGUUCACUUGAAGACAAUGAUUGUGUCCCUAAUGAAUGCUGCUAUCAUUCUGAUGUAGAGCUGCAAACAGGGAUGAAAAAACCUGGAACUAGUUCUCCAGUUCAAUCUUCAUCUAUUUCCUUACAUAAAAAUGCUCAGUCACUGCCAAAGGACCCUUUGCAAGCUCAUGAACAUCAGUUAGACGUCGAAAGAACGAGGCCCUGCUCGAACCAACAGCACAAAAUAAUCACUGGAUCUACACAUGCACAAUCCCGAUCUCCAGUGAAAAGGGAAUUUGCCAGGAAUACCAAGCAUGACAAAUGUUUAAAUGGGAGACAAAUUUGGAAUGAAGAGGACUUUAAAAAUGCUAACCCAAGGGAUAGAAGGAUUAAAGCCAUGGAUGAUUGCCGUAUUAUCUACAUUGGGAAGUUAGCUUACAAUAUAACUCCAGCAGAAUUAAAGCGUCGUUUUGAAGUUUUUGGAGAGAUCGAAGAAUGCAAGCUACUCACUCAUGAUAGGGGUGUUAAGUAUGGAUUUAUCGCGUAUCGCUAUAGUGAGGAUGCUGCUUCCGCUCUCAAGAAUGGACAUAAAUUGCAGAAACGGAGUGAGCCUGCAUUGCAUUUAUAUUAUGGGGGGCUCAGGCAAUUCUGCAAAGCCAAUUACACUGACCUGGAUUCCAGUGCUGAAGACUUGGACCCUGCACCAAUGAAAAGCAAGUAUGACACUAUGGAUUUUGACAGCUUAUUGAAAGAGGCACAGAAAAGCCUGACUAGGUAACAGCCUUACAUCUUAUUGCCUGCAGAGGAUGCCAAAAUACCUCAACCAAGGCACUUUUCAUUUGUUUACCUCUGUCCAUUAGAACAGGACACUCAUCCUUUAACAGUGAAAUCAAAAUGAAGUUUACAUGAACUAAGCUGCUUCUGUCUGUGAUUCUUUGGUAGAUGUCAAAUGUCACAAGUUUGGGCAGUUUGGUGGAACUACUGCUCCUUGGUUGUUGUGUUCCCAUAAGUAAACAUAAAAUCAAUAGUGGAGUUGCAGCUGUGUUCACCACUUUUAAUGUCUGUAGUUUGGGAUACAGUGUUAGUAUAAUGGGAAUUGGGGUUAUACACUCGGGUACUUUAUGUGUUUUAUGUGCUGCAUUUUAAAAUGUAAUAGUUUACAUGUAUCAAAGCGUUUUCUGUUGUAAUUUAUUGUGUGCUUCCAUUGUUUCAACUAUGCACUGUAACUGUAGCCUUGCCUUUUCAGUCCUGAAAUUUCCUAACCAGAAAUGUUUACAUGUAAUAUUAUAGACUUUACUAUCAUUAUAGUGAACUAACAUAUCUAGAUUGACAGAGCUGUACUGUAAGUCAUUGAAUAAGUGCAUAUCAAGAAAAAAAAUUAUAGCUGGGUGCAUGGGUGAUUAUUCCAUUAAUUGGUGGGAUCAUCAGAAUGUUAUAACUACCUGAUGAAAGUAAGUUAUUCUAAAAUCAUACACUGACACAAAUGAAGAAAUAGUUUUAUUAUUUAAGUAUGUUCAGUAUGUGUGCGAUUAAUUAAAAAAAUGUAUAUGUGGGAAGGUAUGGGGAGUUCAGAUAACAGUUUGAUUAUUUCUUUCAAUUUUCUUAAUUUUUGGAAUGCCUAACUUGUUUCAUUACUGUUUUAUAAUUAGAUUUUUUCAGGCAGUUAAAAUACAGUUCACUUUUGGUAAUCUAAUGUACUUUAUUUAUGAUCUUAAGAUUGAAACUUUGGAACCUUAUACCUUUCCACGUUAGCUUUAAGUGUGAUUAAAUAAGUCUCUAGCUUCUAAGCAAAUGGCAUAUUAUGUAUUUUUAAACCAUAUCUUAGUUUCUUAGAGAGUAAUUCAAAAUCACAGACUGUAUUAAACAUAAUAUUUUAAUGUCUUGUAAAUAUGUUGAAACCCUCCCAAAGCCCCUUCAAAGCACUUGUUUACAUUAAUAAAAUCGCAGAAUGUAACCACGUUCUUUUAACAAUUGUAUUUUAUUUUUCGGUAUUUCAAUGAUUUGCCACUGAAUAAAAAUAGCAAUAAAA